AUGUCGUCAUCAUCAUCAUCUGCGUCGGAUUUAACGUUGUCAGAGGGAAGCUGUGCCAGCGGUGACAGUGGAGUUGAUUCCAAGCAAUUACAAUAUCAGCAGCCGAAAGAGUCCUCGCCACCUGCUCAACCACCAACGGCACCCGCACCAGCAGAUUCGACUGCAACGUCAUCAAUGGGGGCAUAUGGUUCUACCUAUACAACUGAUGCGAAUGAACAAUUGUGUCGUAUUUAUCCUGGCAAUUAA